CUUUGUUGUUAUUUUUUUUGCUUCGUUAAUUAAAUUACCAAAGAAGGCAAAGCGGUUUAAUUUUCGGUUAAAUAAUUGAGGUUUUGUAAACAAACUAUAGUGUUUACUAUCAGCAGCAAUUUCUUUAUUAAUCUGCGUGCUUUAAAGAGCUUAGGAGGCUUUUCGAAAUUCAACAAUGGCCGAGACCUUGGAUUUGGACAAGUGCUUUGAAGUUAUAUCGAAUUUGGUGGACAAAGCGGGAGCUAUAAUUGCUCGUCGCAAUGAAACCCGCCAGGAUUUCGUUUGUAAACAAGGUGACAUUGAUUUGGUUACUGAAACCGACCAGGAAGUGGAGAUAUUGUUAAUGAAUGGCAUCAAAGAACAAUUUCCAGAUCACAAAUUUAUAGGCGAAGAAGAAAGCAGCGCUGAAGGAGCUCCAAAAAAACUUACCGAUUCUCCCACCUGGAUUAUUGAUCCUGUCGAUGGUACAAUGAAUUUUGUUCAUGCUUUUCCUCACUCUUGCAUUUCAGUAGGUUUGGUAGUCAACAAAAUUACCGAACUUGGUAUUAUCUACAAUCCCAUGCUGCAACAGCGUUUUACGGCCCGCAGAGGUCAAGGAGCAUGUUAUAAUGGCAAGGCCAUUAAAGUAAGUGGGCAAACCGAAUUGGCAAAGGCUUUGAUAACCAGUGAAUUUGGUACUACUCGUGAUCCAGAAAAAAUGCAGGUGGUUAAGGAAAAUUUUGAGAAAAUGGCAGCACAGGCUCAUGGCAUUCGUGUUUUGGGCUCUGCCGCUCUCAAUAUGUCCAUGGUCGCCUUAGGUGCUGCUGAUGUCAAUUAUGAAUUUGGCAUACAUGCCUGGGAUGUAUGUGCCGGUGAUUUAAUUGUUCGCGAAGCAGGUGGUGUAGUAAUCGAUCCUGCUGGCGGGGAUUUCGAUAUGAUGUCUCGUCGUGUAUUAGCUGCCUCGUCCUUGGAAUUGGCUAAACAGGUUGCCAAAACAUUAACUCAAUUUUAUCCCAAACCAAGAGAUGAUUGAGGAAAUGCAUUCAUUUGUAUUUGUUUAAAUGUUGUACCUAUUUACGUGUAAAUCAAAACCAAAAAACCUAAAUUAAUCUCAAUUGCUGAUCUUUGUACUGUACGUACGUACAUACAUAGCAUAUAAUUGUCAUUCCUAAUUCAACCAAUCCCAUGGCAGCCGGCUGUAUGUACCGGAUUGACCCGAUGAAUUCCUUCAACGACAAGGGCUGUCGCCUCAGUAUACUACACACUUCUACUACAACAACAUUCCUAAUUUAAAUUCAUUAAAAAUAAAAUAUUUAUUGGUAAAAUGGA